CAGUGGCAGAGGGAGAGAGGACGGAGGAAAGAGACUGAUUCAUUCAUCUGUAUAUAUAUAUAUAUAUUCAGCUUUUUGUUUGUUAGCAACUGCACAAACACACUUUUUCCACAACUGUUGAGCGGGCGAUGCAGAUUUUUUUUUUUCCUUUGUUACGUCACAGUCACUUUAGAGAAGUUGAGAAGAAAAGAGAAGAGGAGAAGCGAUCUGGACCCUUUGACUUGGAGAGUUCCUCCGUUUGUGUUUUGGCUGUUUGAACUUUCUCGCCUAUACUGACCUGGACAGUGGUUCAUUGGUUCACCAUGGCGGGCAGGUGGAACCUCAUGAUAUUGGCUCUGUGCCUCUCUGUAUUCACGGUUCUGUCCACAGCACCAUGUCCCAAGGGAUUUUUUCUCAAGAAGCAGAAAUGCUUUGAUAUUGAUGAAUGUGCAGUGGACGAUGAUUAUCCAGAUGGACCCUGUGGAGAUAAUACUGUCUGUACCAACACCAACGGCAGCUUCUACUGCCAAUGUGAAGAAGGUUUCAGAUCAUCAGGUGAUGUGGAUUUUUCCGCUGACUCACAUGUGACCUGCAGAGAUAUCGAUGAGUGUUCGGGAGUCAAAGACAUCUGUGAACCUAAUGCCGACUGUUACAACUCAAUUCCAUUUUACUCCUGCAUCUGUAAAGAUGGAUACAUCUCCACCCCAAGAGUGGAGAAGUUUAUUCAUGGUGACAACGUGACAUGUAUCGAUAUUGUUGAAUGUGAAGAGAACAACUAUUGUGGUCAACAUGCGACGUGCAUCAACACGAUCGGCAGCCAUCUUUGUGUCUGCAACGCUGGCUUUGAAACAAAAUCUGGCAAAUCAAACUUCACCGAUGGUCAGGAGAAAUGUGAAGACAUUUGUGUGAUUGAUCAGACAAUCUGUGGAAAUGGAACCUGCCACCACGGAGCCGGCGGCCAUUACUGUGUGUGCCACGCGGGGUUCACUAACUAUGGCGUCAAAGGUUCUCGGUGCUCUGCGUUCAACUGUGAGGAUUUCAAAGAUAUGAACGAUCUGAUAGGGAAAUUCAACGGUGCACAUGACCUCGUGGUGCAUUUGGAAAAGACUUGCUUGAAGCUCACAGAGAGCAACAACCUCUCUGGAGAAAAGCUCUUAAGGUGGCUGCUGUCUGUGAUUGACGAGCUCUUGUCCGGUGGAGCCUUCAAUGAUAACAGGAAAGUCUCCACCUUUCUGCACAUUGUGGAGUCCACCCUGGGGCUGAUCGGACCCCUCAUACAGACCCCGGGGACAAAUAUGUCCUCCAAGCACACAGAGGUGGAGCUGUGGGUACAUAAAGGGGCAGAGCUACCCAGGGGGGCUGUGACGGCAUCAUCCAAUGAAACUCGGCUGGACAUGCAGAUGGAGACAGCUGCAGGAGAUCCCUCCGAUUACCCUGGCUUUGCAACGCUCUCCUUGCUGAGCUACGGGAACCUGGAGGACUCUGCAGACGGCUUCUUUGGUGAGAUGAAACCCCCGGAGAACCACAGCUUCAAGAUCAACUCCAAGGUGGUGACCGUCACCGUCAGCAACAGAAACACAAGCUACCUCGACCCGCCGGUCAAACUGACCUUCAACCACCUGAGUGAGGUACAGAGGAAAGAAAAGUUAAAUGAAACCAGCCACUGUGUCUUCUGGAAUUCCUCAUUGGAUGGAGGGGCGUGGUCUCCUCAUGGCUGCACAGUGGUGGAGUCCAAUCCAAAAUACACUGUGUGUUCCUGCACCCACCUGAGCAGCUUUGCCGUGCUCAUGGCACUCUACGACGUGAAGCAUAAGUUUGAGUUGCAACUCAUCACCUGGGUGGGUCUGCCCCUUUCGCUUAUUUGCCUGUUCGCGUGCAUCCUGACGUUCUCGCUGAUCCGCUCCAUCAAGAGCACAAGAACCACCAUCCACCUCCACCUCUGCAUCAGCCUCUUCAUCUCCAUCCUCAUCUUCCUCGCAGGCAUCUCUCGCACGGAGAACCGGGCUGGCUGUGUAGUGGUUGCAGGGCUGCUGCAUUUCUUUUUCCUGGCAGCAUUUUGCUGGAUGUGUCUGGAGGGCAUCCAACUCUUCCGGAUGGUGGUGCUGGUCUUCAACACCCACUUCAAAACCUUGUACAUGAUGGCAGGUGGCUAUGGAGUCCCAGCUGUGAUUGUCACCAUCUCUGCCUUAGCUAAUCCCAAAGGUUACGGCACUGAGACAUAUUGUUGGUUGAACCUGGAGUUCAUUUCGAGUUUCCUGGGCCCUGUCUGUGUGAUCAUCGCUGUCAACAUCUUCUUCUUUCUCAUCACAGUCUGGAAGUUGGCACAGAAGUUCUCGAGUUUAAACCCUGACCUGGACAAUUUGCAGAAAAUAAAGGCAUUCACUAUUACUGCAGUGGCUCAGCUGUGCGUGUUGGGCACCAUGUGGAUCUUUGGAUGUUUCCAGUUCGAAGAGAGCACCAUAGUUCUGUCUUACCUGUUCACCAUCUUUGGCAGCCUUCAGGGGGUGAUGCUCUUCGUCAUGCACUGUCUGUGUACCAAACAGGUCAGGGAAGAAUACAGAAACAUCCUACAAAGGUGCUGUGCACCCCAGAAGAAGAAAUACUCAGAGUUCAGCUACUCCAACUCCAGCAAACCACAUGCGUCCAAGAGCUCCCAGGACACGGGAGAGUCUCAGAUCUGACGAGACGGAACAGUUACUCAAGAGCAAAGCGGGAAUUACUGUAUAUAUGCACUCUUAUUAGUGGCCAAGGCAAGUUUGCUUUACUGCAAAAUGGUGUAAAUAGUAGCUUUCAUUAACAUGAGCUGGUCCUUUGUAUUUUGACAAGGAUUUGAGGGAUUUCCUUGAAAAAAUAAUAUAUUGAUUUUGGAGCAAAAAUACAAAUGAUAGAUGAUAUUUUAUGAAGACCUGUUUAUUGGGUACAUCGAAUACAGCUUGUUGUGUCGUCCAGGUACUUAAAACAACAGACAGAGACAAUCUGAAGGAUAUUUUACAAGGCAAGCACUUUCUUUGAUCCACUCACUGGGUAACGUACGACCAAAAAACUAAAUUAAGAUACGGAGAUGGAUUUUAAAUGUAUGUAUGUUUGUGUAUAUAUCCCGGGUUCUUUUAUUUGACUGCAUUCUCUGUUCUGCAUGCUGUAACUUCUUUUAUGUAUUGUAUCUACAUUUGAAAAUAUUAUUUUUAUUUACCUAGUUCAAAUAAGUUUAAAAACUGUAAUUUUAUAUUUUAUGUACGAUCGCCUAAAGAAUAUAUUAAAUGUAUGUGAGUAAGUGCUGGUUCAUUACACAUUUAGCAUUUCGAAUUAAUGAUUUUAUCUUUCGUAGUGUAAUUACCAGAUGUGUUGUAUCAUGUGUGUAUUUGUGUGUGUGUGUGUGUGUGUGUGUGGUUUUGUUUGUUCAUACCUUUUCAUGCCUCUGCUGGAAGCUUUAAAAUAAAGCACUUAUUCUGA